AUCAUUCUCUCUCUUUUUGUCCACUGCAACCAAAGGCACACACACAGAAACACACACACACAUCCUCUCUCAUCCAGAUUGUGGCAGACGAAGAGACAAGGACAAAACCCCCAACCACGAUCACUGAGAGCUACGCUAUAGGUUGCUGUCCAGGAUGGCAGGGAUGAAGGAGCAGCAGAUCACGGAAGAGAAGCCCCUGCUGCUGGAGCAAAAAGGAACGGAUGUAGACAUGCAGGAUAAAGGAGAGGAGGCAUCGGGGGAACUCCCGUGCCCCGAAAGCCCCGCGCCCCCUAAUGAACCCCCUCCCCCCCGUCGCCCCGCUCACCGCUGGCAUGCCUUCGCACGGCACUGGCUUCGCCAGACCCGCCGUCGGACCAGCGGGGUCCUCCCGGAAAACCCUGAGCAGCUGAUGCCACCAGGCGACUGGAAGGAACAUGAUGUUGAGACCCCUUACGGGAUGCUGCACGUGGUGAUCCGAGGGGCCCCCAAAGGAAACAAGCCUGCCAUCCUCACCUACCAUGACGUGGGGCUGAACCACAAGAUGUGCUUCAACCCUUUCUUCAAUAACGAGGACAUGCAGGAGAUCACCAAGCACUUUGUGAUUUGUCAUGUCGACGCCCCUGGACAACACGUUGGAGCUUCACAGUUCCCACAAGGGUACCAGUAUCCCACCAUGGAACAGCUGGCCGGCAUGCUGCCGACUGUUGUGCAGCAUUUUGGAUUUAAGAGCAUCGUUGGGAUUGGAGUUGGAGCUGGAGCUUAUAUUCUGGCCAAGUUCGCUCUGAUCAACCCUGACAUGGUGGAGGGUUUGGUUCUGCUCAACAUCGACCCAAACGGGAAAGGAUGGAUUGACUGGGCUGCCUCCAAGAUUUCAGGACUUACCAGCACCAUCCCAGAUACUGUGUUGCCACAUCUUUUCAGCCAGGACGAAAUGGUGAACAACACAGAGCUGGUUCAGAGCUACCGACAACAGAUAACCAACUCCAUCAACCACCACAACCUGCAGCUUUUCUGGAACAUGUACAACAGCCGGAGGGACCUGGACAUGAACCGUGGAGGAACAGCGAUCAACGCUAAGACCUUGAAGUGUCCAGUGAUGCUGGUUGUGGGAGACAAUGCCCCUGCUGAAGAGGGAGUGGUUGAGUGCAACUCCAAGCUGGACCCGACCAACACCACCUUCCUUAAGAUGGCGGACUCUGGUGGACUCCCACAGCUCACACAGCCAGGAAAGCUGACUGAAGCCUUCAAGUAUUUCUUACAGGGAAUGGGCUACAUCGCUAAUGUGAAGGAUCGGAGGUUAAGUGGAGGGCCAGUGCCCUCUGCUAGCAUGACCCGCCUCGCUCGCUCCAGGACGGCCUCCCUGACCAGUGCCGGCUCUGUGGAGGGCUCCCGCUCCCGGGCCUGCACCAACUCCGACAGCGCUGAGGGGGUGGGCGCUGUCUCCCAGACCAUGGAGGUUUCCUGCUGAGGAGUCCCAGAGAAAGGGGAGGAAGAAGGGUAGUAGAGGGGUGGAGAGGGAUGAAAAAGGAUCCAAAAUAAGGCUUGAUGAUGAGCAUUAGCUGACAUCUUUCUCUCUCUCUCUGUCUUUAUCUUUGUCUGCCAUCUCCUUCCCACUGUCACUGUAAAAUACCAUCUGUACUGGUUCAGUCACACCCAACAGACCUUUGAAUAUCCACCCAGACUCCCCCUUGUCCCACACUUAAAGAUUUAAACUGCUGGUUUUGCUCUUGAAGUGUCAUUCUUGUGUUUGCUAAGUGUUCCUCAUUAAAUAUAUGCCCUUAUCCCCCCCUACUCCU